AGCCCCGUUUAACCUUCCAACAAAGCAGUUCAGGAGCAACAUAAAAGCCUCCCACUGAAAAGAACGCAAAAGUAGGAGGAAAAAUGACAUCCACAAAAUGACUAUUGUAUCAAUGAACGCCAAGAAGUGUCUCAGUUAAAGUGUGGUCGAUAAGUCAUGUUGGGUACUUUGGAGACGUUAUUAAAAACGUCUCAGAUAUGUCCAGGUGGAGAACUCCACUCCACAGAUAUCUUAUUACAGUAAAACUAAGUUUAAGAAAAGUGGAGGAAGCUUUGACAUAAAAUGCUCCUUUAACAUGGUAUGAGUAUCUUAAGAUGUUUGUUAUUUAAGCUGCAGCACGCAGUAAUUACUGAUCUGUAACUGGAAAAUUGGGUGAUUUUUUUUUCGUAUCACUUAACACGAAACUUUGCCAUGGUUCACUUGCUCCUGUUGCAUAAUUUUCUACUGUACUGCACGGUCCUGUGCGCUCCUGGUGCCCCGGCGCUGCGGCCUGUCGCUUGUGUUCCAUCACCGAGCCCCGCUCUCCCGGUCGGGGGUCGCGUUAACGAGCUCCUCCUUCUCGUUUUGGGGAUUUACCCCGGGGUGCACUGACCACUGGACGCACCAAGGAGGCACGUAGGAUUACUGCCACGCAGCUGAAAGAGCUUCAACUUAAUGGAGCCACUGGAUCACAGGCUUCCGAGCUCAUUGAAAAAACAGCACGGAACAAGGCAAAUGGAAGACGGUACUACUAAAUGAAAAUAUGAAUUCAGUUAUCCAGAGGUGCCAAUUACGCACAGGGGAUGCGCUGAACAUUUCAGCAAGCUAAAUAACAACAAAAGGUAAGUAGAUGGUUUUUUAAAUAACUACAAUCAAUAACUGUUCAUCAAAAACUGUUUAUGACAAAUUUUUUUUGUGAGAUCAUGUUCUCAUUGUCUCUGGCUCACCUGAGUUUAGCUGUUUCUUCCAAACAGCUGUUUUGUGUUUUUUAUUCUGGAGAUCUUCUGUCACUGAUGACGGUCACAUACACGGCUAGAGUUGCAAACGCCCGAUUCUGUGGCUUCUCCAAGCUGCUCUGGGCCUGGAAAGGGAGCAUCUACAAGGUGUUAUAUAAAGAAUUCCUGGCUUUCUUUGCCAUGUAUACCGCCAUCAGUAUUACUUACAGAUUUUUCCUGUAUGAUGACCAGAAAAGGUAUUUCGAAAAGCUGGCAAUUUACUGCAAUCACUAUGCCAGUCUCAUCCCCAUGUCUUUUGUACUGGGUUUCUAUGUGACCCUGGUGGUGAACAGGUGGUGGAACCAGUACACCAGCAUCCCACUUCCUGACAGACUCAUGUGCGUCCUGUCAGGCGGCCUCCAGGGGAGCGAUGAGCGAGGCCGUCUGUUGAGACGCACCAUGAUGCGCUACGCCAGUCUGUCAGCCCUGCUCAUCCUCCGCUCUGUCAGCACUGCUGUCUUCAAACGUUUCCCCACCAUGGACCACGUGGUAGAGGCUGGAUUCAUGACAAGAGAUGAGCGAAAGAAGUUUGAGGGUCUCCACUCUCCAUAUAACAAGUACUGGAUCCCCUGUGUUUGGUUCACCAACUUGGCUGCGGUGGCUCGCUGCGAAGGCAGAAUCAAAGACAAUCACACUCUCAAACUACUGCUGGAGGAACUGAAUGCAUUCAGAGGGAAGUGUAGCAUGCUGUUUCAUUAUGACAUGAUCAGUGUUCCUCUGGUCUACACUCAGGUGGUGACUUUGGCCGUGUACAGUUUUUUCCUGGUGUGUCUAAUUGGUCGCCAGUUCCUGGACCCCAGUCAAGGUUACCCAGGUCAUGACCUUGACCUCUACGUGCCCAUCUUCACUCUUCUGCAGUUCUUCUUUUAUGCAGGCUGGCUCAAGGUUGCUGAGCAGCUGAUCAACCCCUUUGGAGAAGAUGAUGACGACUUUGAGACCAACUGGCUGAUAGACAGAAACUUCCAGGUGUCCAUGAUGGCUGUGGAUGAGAUGUAUGGAGAUUUGCCGAUGAUGGAGAGAGACCGUUACUGGAAUGACUCCAAUCCCCGUCCACCCUACACCGCAGCCACUCUCUUCGUCCUGCGUAAGCCCUCGUUCCAGGGGUCCACUUUUGACAUGGCGAUUCCUAAAGAGGAGAUGCACUUCCAGCCUCUGGAAGAUAUUGCUGAGAAUUUGGAGGAGUCAGGAACUCGCCAUCCUAACAUGGCGCUCUUCAACCGCCUUCUCAACUCAGCCCCAUCACCGACUGGCCUAAUGGGAGGAGCCCUUCGACGGACCUCAGCACAGCUCCAGAGACUGCGCCACUCCCCCGGCAUUGACCAGUACAACAGCGAUGAUGAAGACAAGGACAGCUGUAAAAUAGGUAAAGCGGGGUCUCUGCCAUCAGGGCUUGGGCAGGAGACACAGAGCACUGUGUGCAGUUUUAGGGAAGAGAAGAGCGUCAGAACGCCUUUGCUGGAGAUUCAGUUUGGGUCUGAGCAGGACAGGCCAGGAGAGCAACCUGCCAUCAAGGAGAGGAAAGAGCUGAGUAGAGUGGAGAGUAAGUGCAACGAAGAGCACCAGAUUGGGGAAGAAGAAGGGAAAGGAGAGCGCGGAGAGACAACCAGAGCUCCAGUGUCUCUGCUUCCUCCCCCACCUAAGUCCUCCAGAGAGAAGUCUUCUCGACCAUCCUCCUCCAUUCCCAUCACCUCGAGUCACCCCUCUGCUCUCCUCUUUCACCCAGCUGCCCACUCUAGUCUGGAGCUCUGCAGCUCCCAGCCAGCUAUCAGUCACAACAAAGCUGUGUCCACCCCCAAACCUCCCUUGGGAGGAAACAAAAUGUCCUUCCUCACUGUGCCAUCCUUCAGUGAACCUCAGCGUUUUCGCAGUGUGAGCAUGGGGUCAGAGCUCACAGGGUCUUAGGUGGACAGUUGGUAGGUUCACAUGAACUUGCGAUGGUUUGAAAAUAUAAGGCUUGAUGCAGUGCAUGCUUUCAGACGUGAAGUUAGUCACUGAAGUGGAACUUUCAGUCUUACUAGUUAGUAGCACCUUCGUGGCCACAGUUUUUGGAAAUUAGUUUAGUACAUAAAACACUCUGAUUUUGUCAUGCAACUUCUGAAGUUUGACUUUCAACAAUGAUCUGUAAUUAGUUUCAAAAAUCAAAAGGGAGAGAGGGAUAGGAAAUAUGAAUAACACUAUGUUUUGAUAUGUUUAAAGGAAUACGAUGACCUUUGGAAAUCCAUGUUUUUACUCUCAUGUCUGAGAUAGAAAACAUCUAUUUCAGUUUGAUCAUUUUGAAUUACUGUAACCGGAAGCAGGUGGAAAAUCAUCAUUUUUUUUAAAAGGGAAGAGCUCAGAGUAAUCUGCAUGUUGCAUCUUGAUAGCUGAUGAGAGAUACCAGGUUUUAAUUUAGAGUUCUAAAAUUUAAAACUUUUAACAUUAACCAAAGUUUAUUUUGAAAAAAAAGCAAACUGCAUGCAUGACACAGUUUUCUAUGUUCAUCUAAUUCAUCUUGAUUAUUUAAAAAAGUAAAUACAUGCACAUUUAUGACUUAUUGUUUUCAUUUUCUACUACUUAUAAUAAUAUAAUAAUAAUAAUAAUAUUGGCUUAAAUUAAUUAACACAAUAAUUCGACACAAAAAUACAUUUAUACAUUUGAUACACUGUUUCAACAAAUCAAUGAAUGAGUAUUUAAAAACACAUUUUUUAGUUAUAACAACACUGUUAUCUGCAAGUGCCAAAUGUACAUUCUGUGCCAACAGUGACCAGCAGGGGGUGAUAGCAGCAAACAAAAAACAGCACAGACAGAAAUCCUCAAGUCAAUUAAAAGAAAACUCAAAAUACUUAACCAAGCCUGAUCUUAGCCUCACACAGGCUUUGCUCCUACAAGAGGAUACAAUAAUUUUCACAUUUCAAACUAAGGGAUGGUAACUACAGUUUUUCCCGUGAUUUUCUCUCACGAAUCACCAUUUCGAUCAUAUCUAACAGUUGCCUCAGAGCUAUAUCAGCUCUUUGGAUUAAUAAACUGCAUUUUUAACAUCUAAUAAAAUGGAACUGAUUUGGGUGCAUGGGUUGCCCAGAGCCAAAACAAGACUAAGGCGCAAUCAUUUUAGAUGGCUUGGUUAAUUUGUAGGCAGUGAAAGACUUAUUAUGGGUAGGAAAGAGGAGUGCAAAAGGUCACCUCAGUAAAGUGGGAAGUGGGAGUUGUUUGGUCACUCAUAUUUUUAGAUUUGUAUUGAUGCUGGCUCAGUCUGGUCUUCUUAGAAGCAAAGGAUAUGGGUAAAUAACAAAAACAGGAAACAAACAGUGAUAUUGUUUAAUCCCUGCAAUCACUUGUGGACUUGUUUUCGAGUUAUUGUUAUCCUCAAAGCCAUUCUUCUUAACUUUUAUGUAUGCUUUCUGAACAGUGUUGCAGUACUCGUAAUGCUUUGUCAGGCUGCCAGGAUCCAUUUCCCCUCUUCUUCCUGUCUGGACCUUGUUUAAUAAAUCUGUGAAACUUAAAAUCAAUUUAGAGAAACAAGCAGAUAAGAGCUCACCUCUGAGAUAGAUGCCUUCGUGCAGACUUGCUUCCGCAUUGCUGGUCAUUAUUUCAGACAGAUGAAAGACAAAUAUGAGCAGAAUAUAACAAAAAUACAUUUGCGUGACUGACCAAAUGACACAGCAGAAGGCCCAUGACCUACCCUCAUCGCGGCUCAGUGCCGCUCUCGGCUGUUUUGGAGCAGAAGACCUUACGUACAGAACAAUAGGGAGAGGUGCUGCACUCUGAAGUGUCCUGCCUCCUCUCCAAAGUCAAGGAUCCCAUCCUGCUGAUCUGGGGACAUUCAGCCAGUCCCUCGGGAGGGGAUUAGUGCCUUGACACAACGCAAUAAGCUUGACACACGUGGAAAUAAAUAGGGUAUAAAGCUGCAUGUCGUAAAGUGUUAUUGGCACAAAAAUUACGACCUGGUAAACAAUGCUAAUAAAUUGAUGUUAGAGAGUGAGACUGAAUCUUUUUAUGAGCUGUAUCAUGUCGCAACAAUCUGAUGUUUCUACAAAGAGCUGGUACUUACUACGCAUGUUUGUUUGUCUGUGUAACUGAAUCAUUACCAGUUUCAGUGACCCAAAAAUUCUGUAGUUCCCCUCAUUAUCACUUGACCAGCAUCAAAGGCUAGCAGUAUCUGCAUAUCAGGGAACAUCAAGAAACAGAGAAACUGUCCGGCCACAUGUGGCUAUACUUUUGUACUGAAGCCCUCUUUUGUCAGUCUCCCAGAGUCAGUUUUUACAAAGGUCAACCCAUUCCAGUCUUUGUGCUGGCUUCAGGGGAAAUGUGGUUGAUGCUUCUGUCAUUAAGUGUGAAAACAUGAGUGUGGGGGAGGAUUUCAAAGAAGUGUGCAUUUCUCUGGAACCAGGAGAACUGAGGUCAGCAAGCAGGCUUACUGAAACUAUCUCAGUAAGCCUAAGACUCAGAGCUGCUCUGCCGUCCAACAAUCAGCCCAUAUUUACCACGUAGUAGUGUGUGUUUGCACACUUCAGUACUCACGCUGCUUAUAUGUGUUUGCCACUGUGUAGUUUCAGUUUAUGGACUUUGUGGAAAAAGAAGCAUGUUCCUGAAACAGAAAAAAGCGAAAGAAACAAAAAAUGUGGGAAGAAAGGAAACUUUCACAAGAUAAGCUUCUUGGAAUACGAAACCUGUGAAUGUUUACUUUGUUAUGACAGAUGUGGAUCACAAGACCACAACAGACACAAGAAAUGCUGCAGAUUCCUGUUAGUUAGCAUUGCUUGAACAUCAGUUGUGAAAGCUUCCUCCUACUUACUUCAGUUUCUGCGCUGCAGAAUCACAAACUGCGAAUUCUAAAAAUUUCUGCUUCAUCACAGUCAGUUUCCUCGCAUCAGCUUACCCAUACCAAAACCUAUAAAUAUAAAAACACUCAAGUUAAAGGAAAUUCUUAUUUAUUCCAUCUAUAUUUAUAGCUUUCACUAUAACUCGAUCGGGAAUGAUACACCGAUAGACUUUAGGCCUGGGAACACAACCAAGUCCAGCAGGUGUAUUAAAUAUGAGUGGGUGGAUGAUCAGUGAGGCCAACCAUGCCACAAGAAGAAGGCGCUCCUAAACCGCUUUAUUUCAAACUAAAACUGAAAGUGAGCACGCCCAAAAUGUCAGUAAUACGUUUAAAUUGCUCAGGAAAACGGUGUGCGUGAGCAAAUAUACUGUAAGUACAGUAGGGCAACUCUGGAUCAGGAAAACGAGUUUUGAAAUGUGGCAGCUUACAACAGACACUUGUCUGUGUUUUGUUUUCAAAUACUUCGGAAACCUGUCUGUCCACCGGACUGCUUGUGUAUCCUGUCCUGUUAGACUUUCCUGUAAUUUUGGCAAAAUCUCGUGGAGGAAAUCGCAUUUGUGUCAAAUGAAAACUACACAAGACAACACUAAUAAAAAAAACUGUUUAAAUACAAAGAGAAUAUUAAAUACAUGUUAUUGCCACUGAAAGAACUUGGAGCUGCAGUGUCUUCAUGAUUAUAAUAGAUAGUAAAACACACACACAGACACGUGCAUGCAUGCACACAUUAAAAACAAGUCGUUAAUAUGGCAGCAACAAUAUUUUUAUUGAUUUGAUUUUCCAGUGAAGUGUGCAGACACUCCGUUUACUACCUCAGCAAAGUCUAACGUCCUCUUUCAACUGCGUAAACACACAUGUGACUGCAGUCAGUGUUUGUUGUACCGUUUCUACCCUGUACUUUCACAUUUGUUUUUGUCUGGUGUGCGUGUGUGUGUGUGUGUGUGUUUCGGGGCACUCCCUGUCUUACACGCCCUGCCUCGUGAAGUCGUAGUUUCUGUGCUUAAGGACUCGUCUGUCUCGUUCUCCCUGUGUGUGUCUGUCUAUCAGCCCUGUCUUUUACAGACUGGUUGUCUCUGUCUGUAUCUUUUUGCUCUGUACCAACUUUGUUUAAACAAGACCACUCUAUCAGUGUCGUCUGUCAGAACAGAAUGAACCUACUGUUUCUUAGUGGUCUGCUUGACAGUGUGAUGUUAUCAAGAUGAAUGGCAGAACAAAGACUUGUUUUAGAGAUUUAAGACAACGACUUAAAGGUUUGUUAAGUGUGUCUACAGGGCUCUUAAGUGUGUAUUUAACCCAGCAUGUAGCUUAUUUCCUUAUUGCACUUUUUUCAGCAGGUCAACAGUCUUCUUAUCUUUCAAAGGUAAUAUUUGAUGCAACGUAUUAAUUAAAGUGCCUCGCUCGUGGGUGGAUCUUGUUACCUUCAGACAUAAUCAAGCUUCUCGUUUCCAAUAUUUAUGCAAAGCUAAGCAAACCAGCUUAGCUUCUGUUUGCAAACAUACAAUGAUUAUCUGGUUACCCACAUACGCUGACAAAUAUUUCAUCACAGCAGGGUGCAGGAGACCCCAGGGGGCCCAGGGGUUGAAUAUCAGGAUUCCAGAUUCAGUAUAAGCAUGUCUUAUUGCCUAAACAAAAUAUGUAAAUAUAUGGACUAUUCUCUUGACGGUGCUUGUUCUUCAGUCUGCUGGCAUCAGAUGACAGUUAUAUAAUUCUCUGCCAAUUUAUAUUUAACAACAACAACAACCUUCUCAGAUGUACUUCCAAAGGAUCAUUUUUAAAAAAUCUAAUUAAACAGGGUCCAUGGUAUAAUCCGAAUCAGUUUUUUUUUCUUUUGGCAAAGGGUGAGCUGUGGGUGGAGGUGAAGAGACUUUGAUAUGAGAAGGUUUGAAAUCCCUACACCCAGUGUGCUCGCUACAGAUUCACUUUUCAAGUGUUGGCAUGCCAGAUGACAGCUCCCCAACAAAGUGACUCUGUUUCCAAUGCGUGUUCUAAAUUUGGUGAGUUUGCACCUGAGUGUCACAGCGCUGCAGACAUGUUGGUCACUGUCUCCAUCUGGCUGCCAACCUUCAUCCGCAGCAGCAGCGGCGGCCUCAGAGCUUCCUCUGCCCGGCCACAUCGAUGUUUAUGUCUGGGCUGCAGCCCUUCAGAAGUGGCCAGAAGCAACAAAACAUGUUUUUUCCCCUUUAGGGUCUGAAAACUGGGCAGACAAUGUCUCCACAGUCAGACUGCAGCUUAUUAUCCAAGUCAGCCUGAGCAUGUUAUUAUUGAGAGUGAGGUGGAGUAGAUUUUAGGAAGGGGAGGGACUUCUAGCGCAUCGUGAGCAAAGUAGAAUGGAAAGGAUAAUUUUCUUGCGAUGCUGCAGGGUGGCAUGGCGAUGCAGUAGUGAGCACGGACACCUCACAGGCACACAGUUGCUGCUUUGAAUCCAGAGUUGCAUGCUCUCCCCAUGGCUGCAUGGGUUCUCUCUGGGUACUCCUGCUUCCUCCCACAGCCCAAAGACAUGCAUGUUAGUCUAGCUGAUGAUCCUAAAUUGAUCACAAGUGUGAAUGUGAGCAUGAAUGGUAGUCUGUCUCUUUGUAUUAAGCCUGCUGUACACUGACCUGUCCAGGGUGUACGCCACCCCUCGCUCUAUGGCAGCUAGGACAGGCUGCAGUUCUCCUGCAACCCUGAAUUGGAUAAGCAGUUAAGAAAGUCAAUGGAUUAAGAUUGCACCUGACAUUAAAUAACCAGUCAUGCAGGGGUUUCCCUUUAAAAUCUACUGGUGGCAGUUCUUAAAAAUAUUCCAUUUUAUGAAAGUACUUUCCUUUUUUCUCAAAAAAAUUGACAGUACUGGUUUUAACUCCCCAAAAAUAACUAACAGAGCUUAAUUUGAGGUAGAAUUUAACCUAAAGAUUUUGGACGCAGAGAUUAGAUCUAGAAACUGGCAGUUUAAACCUUAAAAAAUUCACCUAAAAGUCUGCUAACUGCUGUCAACAGUAAAAAAACAAGACAACAAAACUUUCCUUGAACACUCCAUAAUCAAGUACAGCUGUCCAAAUCACAGACAAGAGUUUAUUCUAUUUUUAAAGAAGUGAAACCAAAAACUGGUGUCCAUUCAAUGGUUUAUUAAUCAUGUAGUGACAGCAUAUCUUUAUCAGGACUGGUUUAAAUAGCUCAUCUUUUGUUAUCACUGGUGAAUACCUUUCUAAAUCAGCCCUCUGAGCCGUUAUGCACCUGAAGGGGUCAUGCUGAGUCCUCUGUUUUCAUUAUACAUAUUGCUUCUUCCGUCUAUUUUUAAAACACACAACAUUACUCUGACGACACUCAUGUUUGCUAAAUCCGGCCACUUGCUCUCACUUUUUGUCAGUUUUCUAGCAUUUAAGCUGAUCACGGUUCUGUGAGGUAGUAUUGCAGAAAUCAUGGAAGGGAUAUAGUCGUUCGUUCUUCUAUUCUGUUUAAAAUGAAAAUGAAAUCUAUUCUUAACUGUUUGUCAGGCACAUAAAGCCAAUCAGGCUUUCUCCCUGUGAGCCCUAAAAGUUUGAAAUAACCUUCAGAUCAGGCUUUAUUACUAUUAAUUAGUUUUAAUUUCUGAACUGAAUACCCUAAGUUGUGUUGAUUUUUUUUAAAUGUGCAUCACUGUAUUUGUUGUGUGUUACAUGUAAGUGUAUUAUCUAGAUAAUAUUACUGGUAAGACUGAUCUGAUUUGUUUAGUGGGCUUGUUAAGUAUUUACAGUCAAAAUAUUUGAGUCAUAAAGUGACCAACAGAUAAUGUCUUCUUUAAUCUAGAUAUUAAUGAGCGGUUAAUACAAAUAUGUUUAUCUCACUGACACUUGCAUGAGUAAGUUGAUACCAUGAGAGACUCAAAAAAUCCUUAGCUAAGAGAGAAAUCUUCAGCAGCAAAGAUGGUGGUGCAAAUAUAACUUCUACGGGGAAAAGAUCACGUGAUCUGAAAACAAUCUGAAAACAAUGAUUGCUGGAAUAUUUGGCGCAGAUAGUAUUAAAAAUCAAUCUGUUUUUUAUACUCAUUAAGCAAUCAGCCCAGCUAUCGCAUGUCUCCUACAAAAUCGUCUGAAUUGGUUGCUUUAUUUUUCAUUUAUUCUGAUUAUUUACUCUCCCAACUAUAAAUGGUAUAUUGCCAGUUAA